GAACCCUAGACACUGGAGGAAACUUGGCAUACGUGACGGUCCUGCGGUUUUUGUGUGCUGCGCACGGUCAACGCCUUUUGUGAUGGGCAUCUUGGUUUCAAGGAUUCUAGGUCAGUUGUAAACCUAUAUAAGUGAGACUCUGGGACUGAUUUGAGAACAUUUUGUGUCUCUGAUAAUCAAGAUGAAGUGUUUUCUGGUAGCUAUCUUUGCCGUGGUGGCCCAGUGCUGCCUGUUUGCUGCAGCCGCACACGCCCACGGGGACCCCGACUCGGUUCUCGAAGCAGCUCUGAGUCCCUUGUAUAGGCAACUGGACGUCUCCCGGGACCAACUGGAAGUCAUUCGUUACCAACUUGACGCGGUCAAAGCGCUAGUCCAUGUACCCUGCAAGAAAGAUGUUUUGGAGUGCUCUGAGGCUGGACCCCUUGGUAUGGAAGACCGUCGCAUUCCAAAUGCAAACAUCACAGCGUCGUCAAUGUGGAGCAACCGGGCCGAUCACGGACCCACCAGGGCUCGGCUUAACCUUGAAGUCACGAGCGGGUCCGCAGCCUGGUGUAAUGCUGGACCUAGUGAAACCAAUCCAUGGAUCCAAGUCGAACUCGGUUCCAAUGCAACCAUCACUGGCGUUAUCACCCAGGGGCGCGGGACUUCGAAUGGGGACUGGCCCCAAUGGGUGACAGAGUUCAAAGUCGCCUAUAGUCACGAUGGCCAAGAAUGGACCAAUGUCACCGAUGAUGGAUCAUGCACACCGAUGAAGUUCCCUGGAAACUCAGACCAAAACACCCACGUGACCACCACUUUCCCGAAGGCUUUCCAGGCCAGGUUCCUGCGUAUCCUGCCAAAGCAGUACAGCGUACACUGCUGUAUGCGCUUUGAGGUCCUCGGCUGCCAUAGUCACGAGUAAAAUAAUACCAUCGAUGCUAGCUUGGGAGGCCCAAGCUCUAAUGCUCAUUGGAAAUUUGACAAAUGGGAACCUGGGGUGAAAUCUAUGUCAUAGAUCUGCGGUGUAGAUUUUUCAGAAUGCGUGAGUCAAAAUGUUGGGAUAUAUAGAUCCUCUCCACACAAUGCCCCUCCCCCCCCCCAAAAAAAAAAUAGGGUAGGGGCUGUCAAAAUAGGGGUAGGGUAACCGGAAGCAGAACUAUUUCUGUUUGGGCCUAAUCACAAGUGAUGGAGAUAUAGCUUGCCAAGCAAAAUGACUAUACAAUCACUUAUAGAAGUAGCACACGAUCAACAUAAAAAAACUACUAAAAAAUAAAACACCAGACAUUUUCACUCAAACUUAAAGACUUAUUCCCGCCUCUUACAUUCUGAGUGAGGGCUAUAUGAUGUACCCGUCUAAACCCAGAUUUAUGACACAUAUGGCCCGAUCAGUUCUAAUUGUCAAAUUUCCAGUGACUAGAGCUGGGGCAUGUGGGGUUUCCCGCCGCAUCGAUGCAUGUGAAAUAAAUCGGUUUGUUGAAAACUGAUGGUUAACAUUAAUUUACAUGCAAUUUUUCUCCGGAAUCAUAAAUAUUGUGAAAGGCACAAAUUAUAACAUUUAUGUUUUUACAUAUCAGCAUCAUUUCUUGCAUGUAGUAGAUUUUUGAAAUAGCGUAUUGUAAGGAACACCAAUUAAUUCGGACGAUUCACAAUGUGAAUGUGAGUUUGCCACUGAAAUAUCACUUAUCACCGGUGCAUUGUGGGAAGAAGUCGACAAAUUCGCAGCGCGGGAGAUUUGAAAAAAAAAAUUCCGGUCAGUAGUUUCGUAAGCGUACAUGAUUCG